GGCGCCUGAAUUACAACACGCAUGCGCCAAGCCCACGCGGUUCCGGGUCCCAAGAUUUGGCUCCAAGAGCUAUUCGCAGAGCAACAGACUCGCACAAAAAACCACCGCCCCCGAAACCCGCGGGAAAUCUGUUUCCUGUGAGAGGCCUGGCCUCCGGGCAUUGGCGGUUUCCCUGAUCCUCUCUCUCAAAUUUUCCGGCAGGGGAUCGAUCGAGGCGACAUUUAGGACUGCGGUGGGCGAGGGAGUGGCGGUUCUCGUCCCAAGUUACAGGUGAGGACGUGCAGGCCAAGGCGUAGCCAAGAUCGCACCGCCCUGUAGCUGGAGGAGGCGCCGGGAUUCGAACCAAGGCUGUGCCCAAUCCUAAGCCCUGCGAAGUCUUGUGGAACCGACAUGACCCACUCUUUGGUUUGUCCAGAGACAGUGAGCAGGGUGAGUUCAGUGCUGAAUCGCAACACUCGGCAGUUUGGAAAAAAACAUCUUUUCGACCAGGAUGAGGAGACAUGUUGGAACUCAGACCAGGGCCCCUCCCAGUGGGUGACGCUGGAGUUUCCCCAGCUCAUCUGUGUCUCCCAGCUGCAGAUCCAGUUUCAGGGUGGCUUCUCCAGUCGCCGGGGCUGCCUGGAAGGUUCACAGGGCACUCAGGCUCUCCGCAAGAUUGUAGAUUUCUACCCUGAGGACAACAACUCGCUUCAGGCUCACACUUUCCCCAUACCAGCUGCUGAAGUGGACCGGCUGAAGGUGACGUUUGAGGAUGCCACUGACUUUUUUGGCCGUGUGGUCAUCUACCACCUGCGGGUGCUUGGGGAGAAGGUGUGAGACCUCUGGGGGCUGUCUCCUCCAGGAAGCCCUCCGGGAAGCACAGCAAAGUCCCUCAUUCUGCACAGAAGGUUUAUUGGUUCCUCUUGGGAAGGGUCCCCUCCCACCACCUGUCCAGGAGCUGCCUUUGAAGCCAGUUCUGGGUUUCCCCAGCUCUGGCUGACCAUUUUGUUCCCUGAGUGUCUGAGUCCCCGGCGGGCGGCCUUCACUCAGGGUCAGCGGGCACCAGGUUGCUCUGGAAGAGCUUGAGGAUGUGGUUCUCGAUCACCUGUUGCACUGAGAUGGGGCAGGGAAAAGGUGGGCUGUGAGCUUGAAUUGGGAGGGGCAUGGAGGCGCAGGCCAACCUGCGCUCUCCCCUUAGGGGACAAACAGGGACCCUUACAGAGACCUGCAUUACAGAGCAAAGCUGGGAGAACCAAGGCCUUAUCCCAGGAACCUCAACUUCCCCUAAGUUUGUAAAAAUGCAUUUUUGUAGCUUUUCAGAAUUAUUAAUAUAAAAAUAUUUCCUACCAAGCAAAA